AUCAAUUUUCGUCUCUUGUCGGUUUAAUGUGCAGAAACACUCACCGCUGGAAUAACACUGGAGGAGAUGUUAUCUGCUAUCUUGCAAGAGAGAAACUAAAAAUGUAACGAACUUAUGCAAAGUUCCAGGGUUAGAAUAAUAUUAGCAUCCUUAAAUUGAAUCAAAACGUUUAAGGAAACUCUCUUUGACACUUCGUCUUAGCCCAGCCCUAUUGAUGACAACAUGGUAAAAACAGUUUUCUGCAGCACAUUUAAGACUGGCAUGAUGUCGUUUAUCUACUUAUCGAGAAAGUCUGGCAGUCACUACCGAUCUAAGAAACGGUAAUUAGGGUUUGGUAUGCUAAGACAUAAUACCGGCAGAAUAUACAUAUCCAAGCUUUGAUAGUUUAAAACGUUUGUUUUCAAAUUUCAUGCCGUAUCCCCUUUUGUUUUUCUAUCUCUUUAAUUUCUGUUUAUGUCUGUUUGUUUUUGUUUGUAUGUUGAGCAAGUCAUUUUUCCUGACUUACACUCAAGCCUUAGCGUAACAUAGUAUAACUGUCCUACUGUACUCGUUUUCAGACAUGAAAUGUAUAUGACAAUAUUGUAAAAGUGAAGGUCUUUUAUCACGUUAUUUAAAUCUUAUUUAAAUGAUGAUAAAAACUAUAUAUAAAGGUUGCAACAUAUCAGUUUAAUUAACGAGCAGGGCUCUGCUUUUUGUGAUGCCAAAAUAAAAGAAUCCACCCUAUAUCAAAGAUGGUGCAAAACAACAAACACUGGCAACACGAUGGAAAUUACGAGGACGACGAGGUAAGAUAACAUGGACCAUUUUAUCGUUUCACUUUAAUAAAUAUACUUUCAUUUAGCUACUGAAAGAAUACAUUCACUUACACUUUUAUUCAAAUGAAAAUAUCCAAGUCAAAGAAAUAUAGAAUGGAAGUUAAGAACUCUAUGUUUAUAUAUUUUACAUUACCGUGUAUGGCAGUUAUUCGUGGUUUGGGUACAAUUUUGUCUUCAUCUUACCAUUCACAGGUAAGCAGAUUUAUUUUGAGAAGCCAUGUAGGAAAAAACAAGUUACCUUUCCUAAUAGACAUCAAACGCACAAAAGAACUUCAACCAGAUUUCUUAUUUUUGCAAGUAUUCAACAGCAAGAGUCAAUUGAUAUUUCAUUCCUUCUCUCGUCCAUCACAAUGUCGCUUGUUUACGUGUCCUGAUGACGUAUUGAGGAGGUCCUUGGCUACCGUUACUGUGUACGGUGUAAAAACCUUGAAUACUGAUACAGGUGUGGCGUAUCACAUCCUGAUGGGAGGCAAGGCAUCAAUGAACCUCACACGGGGUGCUACAAUCGACUACAUAAUGAUAGCUAUGCGACCUCUCACAACAUACCUAGAUCUACUAACGGAUGCUCCAAAUAAGGUAGCGUAUCAUGUGGACGCGGUCUGUAUCGGCCCGAUGCGGUACAUGUUGACAGACCUUCAUCACAGGGGCGAGCACACGGACACCUUUAUUAUCACCCUCUAUCAGGUCCACCCUCCAUCUGCGUGUAUUAUGUUCUACUAUGGUUCAGAAACAGAGUAUGAGAUCCCCCUCUGCCUCAAACCCGUCUCAGAGUAUAAACUACAGCUCUUCAGAGUCAACACGAGACACGUCACAGAUGACGUGUACAAGUUUAUUGGAAAUUCACACUCAACCGUAACGGCGUUUAAUACAUAUAUGACGCAAGCUGAGGUGGUGGAACUCUACAAUAAGGCUGUACAUUUUGUGUCCAGACGACCGCCCUAUUCUAGUUACCUUUCUCAUUUCUAUCGCAAUAAGUCUGAAGAGUACUUUAACAAUAUUAUGAGAACAGAUGGUGUGAUGCACAAGUACGACAAGAACUGGGGAGGAGAUCAGGCCUCCACACUCAACAAACAAGUACAGGGUCUGUUCUUCAGCGCAGUCGUGGACCAGGUGACACGUUUACUUCCUGACUUUUCCUUUUUUGGGCCACGAAGGUUACAUGUACCGACAUACCUCCUUUUGAACAACAACAUGAACAUGUAUUUCUCUGACUUCUACUGUCACCGUGUCAAUCAUAAGGUCCAAUUUGUCCUUACGGUCAAGGGCAGCCCGACUGACCACUUCUGUAGAAAACGACUCGUGCUGGUUGACCAGACCAACAACCCGUUUCUCACGAGAGUGAGAUGCGGUUUCACAGAAAUCGUCCGAGUGACAAUGAACGUUACAGUGGAAGUAUUCUACACCGAGGACGUACCAGCCAAGGCAUGGAUGUGUCACGAUAAUGUGUUCUUUACCACAACGAAACAGAUGGGAAACGCUUUGGACAUGGUAAACGGUAUUCCAAAAAAUAUAAAAUGUCAAAUAUGUAAUCUUGACUGCUUCCUUCUCGCUGAGACUUUGAAAGCAUGAUGUAGAAACAGAAAGUGAAAAUCGUUUUGGCAGACACUACAUUUCUUUGACAUUCAUUAGAUCAUUUUAAUGCAAAAUGUAUAGGUAUUAGAGACCCGAAUGCGUAUUCUUACUAUACACAAUAUGCAUUAUAUUUGUAAGAUUUAGGGUUUAAUGCUUCCGACUGUUUCAUUUGAGACUAGGUUGUUAGUCAAUAACGUCAUAAAAUAAGACUCCAUGGUGUAGUAAUAUAUCGUCUAUCGUCAUAAUAAAAAUUCAAGCAAAUGUUUAAGCAAGACUAUUUUAAAACUCAUUAGAUUUAGAUGAUUGGAAUCAUGAAAUAAGGCAAACAUAUCCACAUACGGUAAGGGUUGGUACAUAUUUUAUUUUUGUCCUUAAUAUGAUCAACUCAAGCUUAUAACACUAAGGUUUGUUAGUUGUGUGUGAAUAAGAUAAACAAAUCUACCAUUACAUAACCAAGGAUAAAAGAUGACCUCUUACCAUGGAAAGGAAACAACACUGAAUUAUAUUUUAGCAGCACGUUAUCUAAACAAUCAGACACUGUAUCUAUUGUUUUAGGUUUAGAAUAACAACGGCAGAUGUGAUGUGUAUGUAAGAAGGCGUUUAUUAACUACUAAGGUAGACUUACUUUUUCCGCGAAGAUGUGGGUGUUUGCAGCAUGAUUGGGAAUGAGGACUCUAUAAGCUUUUAGAAUGUGAACAAACUGAUAUAAACGUAUUUCAUAUAUGUAUUUGUUACACCUCAAGUGAAGUUCUAGCUAUUUAAUUGGUUG